UUUCCGAAGCUCUCCUACGGGCAAACACCAAUGGCUUCCUUCUCCUUCGUCUCUCGCUCUCGCAGAUCAAUCCCUAAACUUCUCCACUUCCUCAGCCCAGCUAAAAGCCCUAAUGCUUCAUCCUCCUCCACGCCCCUCUUCCGAUCCCACCACCGCCUUGCUACACCCGGUUCCACGUCUACUAAUCCCCAAAUCCCCAAUCCCUUCUUUCUCCUCCGAUCCUUCUCCACCACCGCCGCCGCCAAUCUCCGAUCCCGACCCCUCUCCAAGCGAACCCCCACAAUCCCAACAAGUCUUAUCCCUACUCCCUUCAGCUCCCUUCCCCGAAUCCCGUCUUUGCCUAAAACGCUAUACCCCGAUCCCAGAAACCUCUCCGCCGGCCCAUCGGGAGGCUCCGAGCCAGAGAGCGAGCCCCAGGUCCCGGAGUUCCGGCACCAGGAGAUCGUCGGCCCCACGGUGGAGCGCGACGACUCCGCCCUCGCCAACGAGACCCGCCAGGUGCUCGACGGCCUCGCUAGGAGCAUCUACAGCCUCAGCUCGGCCUUCGCCUUGCUGGGCGUCGCCCACCUCGGCCUCGGCGCGUGGAUCGUGUUCGCCGUACGGCCGCCCGACGAGGUCCUGGUCCAGGGCCUCGCGGCUUUCGGCUUUCCCUUCUCGAUGGCGUUCCUCAUGCGCCGGGCCCUGAAGCCGAUUGUCUUCUUCAGGAAGAUGGAGGAGCAGGGGCGUCUCCAGAUUCUGACGCUGGCUCUCCAGGCCACAAAGAACUUGAAUCUCUUGUUCAUAAGAGCUCGAGUGGUUUCCUUCUGCUGCAUCGUGGGCAUCUCGGCAGGAUCUCUGGCAGCUCUACUUGGGCGAUAAUGUUAUCAUCGGGUACCAUGGUCUUAUUUUGUUCGAUUCGGUCUUUAGAAUUUGUGCGUUGAUACUUAUGGGUCCUUUGUAGAAUAAUGUCCCAUUUCUUUCCAACAGAAUAAUGCGAUCUUGAUUUGUAAUUCUUCCCAGUUUGUCUAGACUUACCAUGGAGUUUACGAUUUGAGAAGCUCAGAUUGUUUAAGAUCCAACA